AUGUUUUUAACAAGAAGUGAAUAUGACCGUGGUGUGAGUACCUUCUCACCAGAAGGUAGACUAUUUCAAGUGGAAUACUCUUUAGAAGCCAUUAAAUUAGGAUCAACAGCCAUAGGUAUUGCCACUAGUGAAGGUGUGAUUCUUGGUGUCGAGAAAAGAGCUAACUCACCACUACUGGAAGCAGAUUCAAUUGAAAAGAUUCUAGAAGUGGAUCGUCACAUUGGAUGUGCAAUGAGUGGGUUAACUGCAGAUGCACGUUCUAUGAUAGAACACGCCAGAACAGCAGCAGUGACACAUAAUCUUUACUACGAUGAAAAUAUCAGUGUAGAAUCAUUAACACAAUCCGUUUGUGAUCUAGCGUUAAGAUUUGGUGAAGGUGCAUCAGGGGAGGAAAGAUUAAUGUCAAGACCAUUCGGUGUUGCCCUACUGAUUGCAGGUUAUGAUAAGGAUGACGGAUACCAAUUAUUCCAUGCAGAACCUUCGGGAACAUUCUACCGUUAUAAUGCUAAGGCUAUUGGAUCUGGUUCAGAAGGUGCACAGUCGGAAUUACAAAAUGAAUGGCAUUCCUCUUUGACUCUCAAAGAAGCUGAAUUACUAGUGCUCAAGAUUUUGAAGCAGGUCAUGGAAGAAAAAUUGGAUGAAAAUAAUGCUCAAUUGAGUAGUAUCACUAAAGAGGAAGGUUUCAAAAUAUAUGAUGAUAAGAAAACUGCAGAAAUCAUUAAGGCAUUGAAAGAAAAGGAAGCUGAAGAAAGUCCUGAAGAUGGAGACGUGGAGAUGAAUUAA